GAGACGCGUGACCGGCGGAGCCAUGUUUGUGGCCCACAACAUUGCAGCGGAUCACAAGGAUCUAAUACAUGAUGUCUCGUUCGAUUUCCACGGGCGGCGGAUGGCGACCUGUUCCAGUGACCAGAGCGUCAAGGUCUGGGAUAAAAGUGACGAUGGGGAUUGGCAUUGUACUGCUAGCUGGAAGACUCAUAGCGGAUCUGUGUGGCGUGUGACAUGGGCCCAUCCUGAAUUUGGACAAGUUUUGGCUUCCUGUUCUUUCGAUCGAACAGCUGCUGUAUGGGAAGAAAUUGUAGGAGAAUCAAAUGAUAAAUUGCGAGGACAGAGUCACUGGGUUAAGAGGACAACUCUAGUGGAUAGCAGAACAUCAGUUACUGAUGUGAAAUUUGCUCCCAAGCAUAUGGGUCUUAUGUUAGCAACCUGUUCCGCUGAUGGUAUAGUAAGAAUAUAUGAGGCACCAGAUGUUAUGAAUCUUAGUCAGUGGUCCCUGCAGCAUGAGAUCUCAUGUAAACUAAGCUGUAGUUGUAUUUCUUGGAACCCUUCAAGCUCUCGUGCUCAUUCCCCCAUGAUAGCUGUGGGAAGUGAUGACAGUAGUCCAAAUGCAAUGGCCAAGGUUCAAAUUUUUGAAUAUAAUGAAAAUACCAGAAAAUAUGCAAAAGCAGAAACUCUUAUGACAGUCACCGAUCUGGUACAUGAUAUUGCAUUUGCACCAAAUUUAGGAAGAUCGUUCCAUAUUCUAGCUGUAGCAACCAAAGAUGUAAGGAUUUUUACAUUAAAACCUGUGAGGAAAGAACUUACUUCCUCUGGUGGACCUACAAAAUUUGAGAUUCACAUAGUGGCUCAGUUUGAUAAUCAUAAUUCUCAAGUCUGGCGAGUGAGUUGGAAUAUAACAGGAACUGUACUGGCAUCUUCAGGGGAUGAUGGCUGUGUAAGAUUGUGGAAAGCUAAUUAUAUGGACAAUUGGAAGUGUACUGGGAUUUUGAAAGGUAACGGGAGCCCAGUCAAUGGGAAUUCUCAACAAGGAAACGUUAAUCCUUCCCUAAGCUCAAAUAUCCCAAAUCUGCAAAAUUCAUUAAAUGGAUCAUCUGCUGGCAGAAAGCACAGCUGAGUACAAGUUAAUCGGAGUAACUUUGCUGUUUUGCUGCUUCUUACAUGCAUACAGGAAUGGAAAUCGAACUCCUUUUCACUUACCAGCGAAAUUUGCCCUCUCCCAGAUACACCAGCAGCCUCCCUAUUACUAACUGCAAUUAAAAGCUCUAUCAAAAAAAUAAAUGUAUAUUCCUUUUCUGUACGAGACAGUAUAUUGACACUAUUUGAAACUUUUGUAAUACAAAUAUAGAGGGUUUUUGUUAAGAAAAUGUCAGUAAGACAGGGCAUGGAACUAAUUGGUGUAAAAAUUAAAAGGAUUGUUAAUAUCAUUACAGUAAUUGGGAAUAGUAAACAUAUCACUUCAUUCAAUUUGGAGAAUAUAAGUUUUAUCUUUUGUUUUCUAACAUAAUUAACUAAGUGAUAAAUUUUUAUAAUUUCACUUUGAAAAUUUAAUAAUCAAAGAUUAUAUGGAGUACUCAUUUGUUUACACUUUAUACAGUUGGUUUGUACACUUAGUACAAUUUUGUUAUUUCUUUGUAACAUUUAAGAAUACUAGCAAAAGUGAGAAGCAAUAGUAGUAAAAUGAAAGUAAUUUUUAUGGCUUGUAGCCAUUUUUAUGCAUUUAGUAUUCAUAUAUAAUUUGGCAGUAAAAUAAAAACACUUGUACACUUAAAAAAUAGUAACCACUAAGAAGUGAAAUAUUUCUAAUAUGUCUUUGUAUAUUUUAUGUUGUGAUUUCAAGGCUUGAUCCUUCCAUAAAGUGAAAAUUUAGAAAUAUACUAUAAUUUGAGAAGCAGUUAAAAUUUUCCGAACAUUGUAUAUGCACAUAGUUAAUUCCAUGCCCUAGAGCUUUCUUAAUUUGGUUGACUGUUUCAAUUAUUUUUUUAUCUUAUAAGUAUUGAUUGUGCUAAUCACACUAUAAAUCUCUAUCUUAAAAUGCAUAAGUAUUACCAGUACGAUAAAAUGACAUCAGUAUAAUAAAACAAGAAGGCUUCAAAGAGUUUGUCGAACAAUGGAAUCGAAAGAGAAUGAAAUUUUUCCACAAAAAUGUUUAAGUCCCCAUGACAGUGAGUUUGAGUUUUGAGUUUUAUGACAUCAUGAUUUCUGGCAUGUUUACUUACCAAAAUUCUGUAUUGAUUUUGUGGUUAUUAUAGGAAAACAACUAUGUUCCUUAAUUCUAUUUCUUCAAAGACUGUUCCAAUAGCUGACCAUAUUGUGAUAUUGUAUAUUAAUUGGUUCUCAGUAUCAUGUAUGCACUAAGAGAAUGUGUGCCUGCUGCUGCUACAUAUAAAAAGCUUAAAGAGAAAAAUAAAGCUUACUACAUUUGUAAGUUUAUAGGGUAAUUUCAAAUACAGUUUUGACACAAUGUUUUAAGUUAAUAAAAUAAAUAUAUUUGUAAAAUGCAUACUAAUAAUUUUUAAAAAUUAAAUUUAACAAGAUUGUAUUUCUUCCAAGUUUCUGUACUUAAAAAUCUUGAUUUGCAAA